AUGGCAACCGUGCCAUGCCGCGCGUCCCUUCUCAUGCUACUAAUGCUCGUGCACCCCUGCUGCUGCGCAGCACCGGCCGCCGAUGAGAGGCGGCUUCUCAUCCAGAUCAAGCGCGCGUGGGGCGACCCGUCCACGCUCGCGGCAUGGGACGGCUCGGCCGACCACUGCACCUGGCCCUACGUCACCUGCGUCGCGCCAUCCGGGCCUGUCACAAGCCUCUCCCUCGCCAGCACAAACGUAGACGGCCCGUUCCCGGACGCCAUCGGCGCCCUCUCCGGCCUCACGAGCCUCGACAUCUCCAACAACGGCGUCACCGGCGCCUUUCCGACAAGCGUAUACCGAUGCGCUUCUCUCCGGUAUCUGGAUUUGUCCCAUAACUACCUCGGCGGCGAGCUACCCGCCGACAUGGGCGGCGCGCUCGGGGAGAACCUCACCUCUCUAGUGCUCAACGGCAACCACUUUAACGGUACCAUCCCCACCUCCUUGUCCCGGUUACGUAACCUCCAUUCGCUUGCGCUGGACAACAACCACCUCGCCGGCACCAUCCCGGCAGAGCUCGGCGACCUCACGGGCCUUCAGACGCUCACGCUCCUGAACAACUUGUUCAGCGUUGGCGAGGUGCCGGCGUCGUUCAAGAACCUGACCAAGCUGAAAAAAUUCUGGGCGGCUAACUGCAACCUCACCGGCGACUUCCCGAGCUAUGUGGCCGAGAUGCCGGAGUUGGAGGCGCUCGACCUCUCGGGCAACGCCUUGACCGGAAGUAUACCUCCGGGGAUUUGGAACCUCCCCAAGUUGCAAAAGGUGGAUCUAUCUGCCAACAACCUCGCCGGCGAGGUCGUGGCAACCGAUGGUGCCUUCGGCGCCGCGAAUUUGGUGACGAUCGAUCUGUCCUUGAAUCACAGGCUACGUGGGCUGAUUCCGGAGGGCCUCGGUCACUUACCGAACCUUGAAACUCUCAACUUGUCCGGUAACCAGCUCUUUGGCAGGAUCCCGAGGAGCAUAGCCAAGCUCGGCUUGCUGACGCAGCUGGACCUGAGCAGGAAUCAGCUCGUCGGCGAAAUACCGGCAGAAUUGGGCGACAUGCAGAUGCUCAACGCACUUGACCUGUCGUCGAACAAGCUAUCUGGCGACAUACCACUGCCGCUUGCCGGGCUACAGCUCCGUUCGCUCAACCUGUCAUCCAACCAGCUCGAAGGCCAGGUACCGGCAGGGCUCGCCACCGCCGCUUACGACCGGAGCUUCCUCGACAACCCCGGCCUCUGCCUUGCCGGUACGGAGUUCGGCUUCGUCGCAGGCGUUCGCUCCUGCUCCAUGCCAUCACAAGCCGCCUCUUCCCCCGGGGUCCGCUCGACGGCUCUCCUUGCCCUCAAGGCCGCCGCCUGCGUGGUCGUCGUCCUCGUCGUGGCAGUGGUUUUCUUCGUCGUCCACGACAGGAAAAAGAAGCGCGCUGCACAGGAUGGUUCCGAGGAGAAUCAGUCGGCAGCGGCGGGUCGGGGCCUGCUUAAUGCUACUACCUCCGUCCUGAUUAGUUUGUUAUUAUCCACGGGAAUCUUUGAGUGUGAGAGUGUACGGUACAUAGAAUUGACUGUGAAGGAUCCAAAUGUAGUGAGAUUCUAG